UGCGUGUGUCCGCAUUUUCGCGCAUAGCGUUUGCUGUUUGCCUCAGUGUCUUCUACUGCUAAUCCCACCCGCUGUAACAAUAAUAUAACAAUAUAACAAAUUCAAGCAUUGGAUUUCCUUAGCAAGACGAGACAACGCCCCUCACUGCCAAGAUGAGUAGCAAAGUAACAUUUGCAUUCGAUAACAAUCCACUAGGUGUAUAUUAUGCCGGCCAGGUGAUUUCCGGGACAGCAGAACUUAUCACAGAGCGUCCCAAAACUAUACGCUCUAUUUUCAUCACCGUGAAUGGUUUCGUUGAGACACGCUGGCAGGAGGACGUUGAAAAGCCCGGCACCGAUGGCAAGCCGAUUAAGAUAGUUGAGACUCAUACAACUACAGAGAUUUAUUACAGUAGUGACAAAUAUGUGUAUGGACAGAGUGGUGGAUCGCCACUGGAGCUGCCAAAGGGAAAGUAUGUUUUCCCAUUUCAGGCAGCCAUACCGUUGAACGCACCCACCUCUUUUAAUGGUAUGCACGGACAGAUUAAACAUGAGGUGACCUUGACAAUUGACCGCGCAGUACGCUACAAUAAUAUUUUCAAGCAAUGCUUUACGGUGAUUUUGCCGUACGAUCUGAAUCAACAACGCGAAAAUCUCCAACCACAGCAUCGUGUCGAGGAGAAAACCUUUUGGUGGGGAUCAUUGUUUGGUGGUAAGCCAAUGAUUAUGGAUGUCAGUACAUCGUACAGUGGGUAUGUGCCAGGACAGAAAAUACAGUUUAAAAUUCUCCUCGACAAUCAAUCGGAAGUGCAAUGCCAGGACGUCAAGGUGCGACUGUUCAAAAAUGUGAGUUAUCGUGCCAAUUCUGGAGAGGAGCAGCUUAAAAAAACCGAGGCUCGCAUUGCUGAUAAACACUGUGGCGAGGUCUUGAAACACAACAAAGCCGAGUUCAAGGAGUUUCUAAUAGUGCCGCCAACAACACCCACAACGCAAUCGCCACAUGAUCCCAUUAAAGUAAGCUACACGUUGCGUUUCAUAGCCAAAACUUUUCGUUUGCAUGGCGGGGGUGAUCUGGUGGUGAAUUUCCCUAUAGUUAUUGGCACAGUUCCACUUAUUGGAACAACCGACGAUCAGGGACUAGCAGUGCACACCCCCUUACGUCCACCUAUUUUUCAAGAGGAUGUCAACAAUGAACAAUUCGAGGCAAAUACUUUCAAACCUCGUUAUCCCGUAUUCUUUCAAAAUGCGCUUCUUCAAAAUGGCGAAGGAAACUGCGCUACAUCCAAUAUACCGAGCCUUUACCCAAAUGUCGCAAAUGCGUCAAAACUAUCACUACCAAAUAUUGGGCCAAAUCCAAUUCCUGCUGCUGCUGCAUCCAAUCCGCCAUAUCCGACAAAAACUAACGCGCCAACUGCUACCAAAAUGAAUACAGGAAACGGAGACGGCGCUUUCGAAGUGCUGGGAUUUAGCAUACCACCGGACUACCAGCCCACAGCUAGUGCACCUGCAGCAGCCAGCAGCGACAUAGGCUGGAAGUAAAUCUUAUGAAUUUAUUUUUUUUUUUUUAGAAUCUGCCACAGAAGUUGAAUUUGCACGAACUGAAAACAACAAACACUUCAUAUUUUAAUUAAGUCCGUGCUCGUGUUGACUCAAUAAGGCACAAGGAAAUACGAUUUAAAAAGCAAAUACGAAUUAUUCCACUUUUUGCACAUAG